GCCGUUGGAUCUCCCAAUGGGGCGGCUCUGCUCUGGGCUCGCGCUCCCCAUGAGCUGCCUGCUCCUGGUCUGGGCGGCAGGCCCAGGGAGCGUUAAGGUCCUGCAUCUGCCCGUCUGCUUCUCCGACUACAUCCACACCUCCACCUGUGAGUGGGAGAUGGACGGUCCCACCAACUGCAGUGCCCAGCUCCGCCUGUCCUACAAGCUGAAUGACGAGAACUAUGACAACCUCACGUGUGUCCCCGAGAACAAAGAAGGCGCGGUGUGUGUGUGCAGUAUGCUGAUGGACAGCAUAGUCAACGAGGACAUCUAUCAGCUGGACCUGUGGGCGGGGAAGCAGCCACUGUGGAGCAGUUCCUUCAUGCCGGGCAAGCGUGUGAAGCCCAGGGCGCCCAGAAACCUCAUGGUUCACGCCAACGUCUCCCAUACGUGGCUGCUGACGUGGAGCAACCCGUACCCUUUGGAGAAUUACCUGUACUCUGAGCUCACCUACCUGGUCAACAUCUCCAAUGAAGAUGACCCCGCGGAUUUCAAAAUCUAUGACGUGACCUACCUGGAUCCCGUCCUCCGCAUCGCAGCCAGCACCCUGAAGUCUGGGGCUACCUACAGCGCACGGGUGAAGGCCUUGGCUCAGAGCUACAACGGCACCUGGAGUGAGUGGACCCCCAGCGUCAAGUGGCGUAACUACUACCAGCAGCCCUUGGAGCAGCGCCUCCCGCUUGGCGUCAGCAUCUCCUGCAUUGUCAUCCUGGCCGUCUGCCUGUCCUGCUAUUUCAGCAUCAUCAAGAUUAAGAAAGAAUGGUGGGACCAGAUUCCCAACCCAGCCCACAGCCCCCUCGUGGCUAUUGUCAUCCAGGAUCCUCAGGUGCCACUGUGGGGGAAGCGGACCCGAGGCGAGGAACCAGCCAAGUGCCCACGCUGGAAGACUUGUCUUACCAAGCUCCUGCCCUGUUUACUGGAGCACAGCCUAGAAAAGGAUGAGGAUUCCUCCAAGGCUGCCAGAAAUGGGCCUUUUCAGGGUCCCGGAAAGUCAGCAUGGCACCCUGUGGAGAUCAGCAAGACGAUCCUCUGGCCAGAGAGCAUCAGCGUGGUGCGGUGUGUGGAGCUGUUUGAGGCCCAGGUGGCAAGUGAGGAGGAGGACAUGGAGGAAGAUAGAAGGAGCUUCUGCCCAUCGCCUGAGAGCAGCGGGGGCAGCUUUCAGGGGGGCAGGGAGGGCAUCACAGCCCGGCUGACAGAGAGCCUGUUUCUGGACCUUCUCGGGGGUGAGAGUGCCGGCUUGGGGGAGUCCCGCCUUCUUCCACCUUCCGGAAGUGCUCAGAUACCCCAGGCCGAGUUCUCAAGUGCAUCGUCCCAGGGCAAGGAGCAGCCUUCUAACCCGGAGUCGAAUCCUCCCGCGACUCUGACCCAGAGCCCAGCCGGCCUGGCUUCCAUGGAGGCGUCUGCUGCCACGGCAGACAACCCCGCUUACCGUAGCUUCAGCAACUUCCUGAGCCCGUCCCCCGGUCCUGGAGAGCUUGACUCCCAGCCACAGCUGGCCGAACACCUGGGGGACGUGGACCCCAACACCCCCCCGCCCCCCCAGCCCUCUGAACCACCCCCUGCGCUCCAGCCUGAGCCGGAAACCUGGGAGCAGAUCCUCCGCCAGAGCGUCCUCCAGCACGGGGUGGCCCCGGCCCCCACCCCGGCCCCCACCGGCGGCUAUCGGGAGUUUGUGCAGGCGGUGAAACGGCGCAGUGGCCAGGAUGGUGGGGCGGCGGGCUUCGGCCCUUCUCGAGAAGCUGGGUACAAGGCCUUCUCCGGCCUGCUGGCUGGUGGUGCCGUCUGCCCAGGGGCGUCUGGGGUUGAGGCCAGCAGCGGGGAGGGGGGCUACAGGCCCUUUCAGAGCCUCACUCCUGGUGGCCCUGGGGCCGCUGCCCCAGGCCCCAUGCCCCUGUUCACCUUUGGACUGGAUGUGGAGCCACCUCCCAGCCCUCAGAACUCACGCCUCCCCAGCAGCUCCCCAGACUGCCCUGGUCUGGAGCCCGUGGGGAAGGGGGAGGACAGACAGAAACCCCCGCUCUCCCCGGAGCAGGCCACAGACUCCCUCGGGGACGACCUGGGCAGUGGCAUUGUCUACUCAGCCCUCACCUGCCACCUGUGCGGCCACCUAAAGCAGUGUCACGGCCAGGAGGAGCGUGGCGAGGCCCACGUCGUGGCCAGCCCCUGCUGUGGCUGCUGCUGUGGAGACAGGUCCUCGCCGCCAGUGAGCCCCCUGAGGGCCCUGGACCCCCCGCCAGGUGGGGUUCCCCUGGAGGCCAGCCUUUCUCCGGCCUCCCUGGCACCCUUGGGGGUCUCAGAGGAGCAUAAAUCCUCACUGUUCUUCCAGCCUGCUCCCAGCAGUGCUCAGAGCUCAAGCCAGAGCCCCAAAAUGGCAGCCCUGCUCUCCACAGGGCCCCCGUGCAUGAGCACUUCCUAGGUGCGUGCCCUCUGGUUGCUGAGGCCGGCAGGUGAGGACUGGGCCUUACCCAU